GUGGCUUUUUCAUCACCAGCCUGAGUCUCUCCCUGCAGCUUCUGCCACAACACCCCUCGUGAUGCUACUGCGAAUCGCCCUGCUCCUGCUCCUGCCCCUGGGGCUCUGGGGAGAGAGGGAGAAGCCUAAAUUCUGCGGGGAAGUCACUGAAUGUUUCACCUUUGACCUCAUCUGCAACAGCUCAGACUAUGAGGCCCGGCUUUACCCCCCCUCGGCCUGGGUCAGCACCCGUGUGAACAACACGUACACAGCCGCCAAGACCACCGGCUUCUGGCACCUCUUCCGCUACAUCCAGGGCCGGAACCAGCUGGGUGUGAAGAUCCCGAUGACCACACCGGUUCUGACCCGGGUGGACCAGGCUGCUGGAGAGAUGCAGGAGUACACCAUCUCCUUCCUGCUGCCGGCAGCGCGGCAGGGCGACCCCCCACAGCCCACCGAGCCUGCUGUUUUCAUCGAGCGGUUCCCUGCUCUGCCCACCUACGUUCGCUCCUUUGGGGGGUGGCUCACGGACGCCAAUCGAGGGACCCACAUCCAGGCCCUUGAUGCCUCCCUGGGGAGGGACGCCCGGCACUUCAACCGCUCCUGGCACUACUCAGCUGGCUACAACAGUCCCAUGAAGCUGUUCGACCGCCACAACGAGGUCUGGCGCCUGGCAUGGGGCGGCCUGGGCUGCGCCCCAGAGUGAGCCCCCCCCAAAUGUCACCCACUGGCAUCGCAGCCCCGCCAGGAGUGAGAAACCCAGCUCUCGAUUCCGCCCCCCACGAGUGAGCUCCCAGUGACCAGCCCCCCUCCUCCC